GAGUGUUUUCUCUCGCAUCGGCGUUUAUUCUUAGCAUGUAAUGUUUAAGGUAUUACAUUUGUACAAAUUGUCAAAAAACAUGCUGAUACUUAACAGAGUCGAGAUUACUGUUUUUUUUAUAGACAGUGCCCCACCUGAGCGUGUAGAUAACAUGAAGCGAUGGUCCGAGGUUAGUUAUGUUGAUAUCAUUAUUUGAGUUGUUAUGACAGCCAACAACUGCACAAGCUGAGCAUGAAAUACCUUUUUACUCCAAUUAACACAUAAAUGGUUGUUGUUCUCCUCUGGGUCGCUCGUUUUGGCCGUUUUUACUUGUCGUCUCGAGACCAGAAACAGAAACCAGGAAAUUAGACUGUGGAUUCCUUUAAAGUUUAAACGCGUUUGCAGGCUACAUGAUUACGUCACUGUUUACGUGCUUUGUUUCAGGAAGUUUGAUAGCAUGGCCGGAUCUGUCAAAUAGAAAAAAGAAAAGCGUUUUUAAGUUUUGUAGUUACUAAUGCAGUGGGGGAAAACACGUAUAUAGUGUCAUACAUUUAUAUGUAAUUCUUCUGUAUUAUAUCAGGAAUUUAAAAGCUGUUUGCUCAGUGUAAAGGGGCGAAUACAGAGGAGAAAAGCAAGCUCAUGCGGUCAAAACGUGUCCCGUACUGCUGCCGCGAUCACUCAACAUUUUAAUGUUCUGCACGGAUUAUUAGACGAGCGAUUAUCUUCUGGUUUCUGCAGAAUGAGGUCUCUAAACAGCAAGGGGAGAUUACACCUUAUAUCUGCAUUUGGAAGUACACUGAACAGAAUCAGAUCUACUCAGUAUUUAAGUUGUGAAAAGGAGUCACAACUUUUGCUUUUGAGAAGUUCACGAACGUUGGUCAGAGAGUUGAGCACCUCAGUUCAAACUCUGCAGUAUGACCUCAAAAACUCAGACAUCACUAAAUCUGGCAACAGGAAGUUAUUCUUUGACACUCAUGCAAUGGUUCAACUGCUGGAGGGAAGCGGUUUCACAACCCAGCAGGCAGAGGUCAUUGUCAAGAUGAUGGUGAAUAUUACAAAUUCCAACAUGGACGUCAUGUACGGUGACAUGGCGACAAAGACACAGCAAGAGAUCAUGUUACAGAAGGUUAUGUCGCACCUCACUGCUGUUAAAAAGGACAUGAUCAUUCUAGAGAAGAGUGAAUUCUCAGCGUUACUGGCAGAGAAUGAGAAAAUCAAGGUUGAGCUAUUACAGCUAAAGAUGCAACUCACUGAUGUGAUGAACAAAAAGCGUGCAGACACCAUUUUGGAUUUGAAUAUAGAAAAAAGUCAUGUGAAGGAGAUGACCACAGAAUUUAACAGGAAGCUUCUUGGGACCAGGCAUGAAUUGAUGGAAAUGCAUUCUGAGCAGGAUCGGCAUGUGAUGCAGACCAACAUGAAAAUCGACACCGAAGUGGCUGGCCUGAAGACUAUGCUGGAGGCACAUAAACUGGAUUCCAUCAAAUAUCUUUUAGGCUCAAUAUUCACAUGUCUCACAGUUGUACUUGGAUUCUAUCGGAUAUGGAAGUGAAUGCCAAGAGACAUUGUUCUUCUUGAAAAAGAAAAAAAACUCUCAUCAGCCUCAAUCCACUGGAAGCAUUCACAGACAUCCUGUGGGAGUGUAUAUACAUUUAAUGCUUUAUAAAGAUUUAUUUGUUCUAUUUGGACACUAAAUUAUGCUUACACACCUCGAUCAAGCAUGCAACAUAUUGAAUUAGGGUCUUGAAGUUCAUGCUUGUUACAGUCAAAGUCAACAACCUAAUGAAACCUAUGAAGUAAAUACUGUAUAUACCAAAUAAGGUGUAAAGUAAACAUGUUCACAGCAUUCUGCAUACAAGAUUCAAAAGUCUAAAUUCACUUAUGCCUUAUACAAUUUUAGCAAAUUUUACAAAAGCUGUUUUUUUUUUUUUUUUUUUUUUUAAACAAACUGAUAUGAAUCCAAAUUUGCAUGUCAUUCUUUGUGUUCUUCAAUGUUGCAUUUUUCUGUGGGAUAAAACAAUGCAGUUCAAAUACACUGCUGCACAUUAUUUUAUAAAGUGCAUUUCAAGACAUUUAAGGAUCACAUUACAUGUACUGUAUUUAGGAGCAGUACACCAAGUACUGUUGCCAGAAUAAAUGCAUAUAGCCUGUAACACUUGAUUUUACAUACACUAUAUGGACAAAAGUAUUGGGACACCUACACAUUACACCUACAGGAGCUUUUAUGACAUCCCAUUCUAAAUCCAUAGGCAUUAAUAUCGAGUUGGUCACCCCUUUGCAGCUAUAACAGCUUCCACUCUUCUGGGAAGGCUUUCUACAAGAUUAUGGAGAGUGUCUGUUGGAAUUUUUGCCCAUACUUCCAGAAGAGCAUUUGUGAGGUCAGACACUGAUGUUGGACGAGAGGGCCUGGCUCGCAAUCUCCAUUCUACUGCAUCCCAAAGGUGUUCGAUAGGGUUGAGGUCAGGGCUCUGUGCUGGCCAGUCAAGUUCUUCCACACCAAACUCAUCCAAUCAUGCCUUUAUGGACCUUGCUUUGUGCACUGGGGCACAGUCAUGCUGGAACAGAAAAGGGCCUUCCCCAAACUGUUUCCACAAAUAUGGAAGCAUAGAAUUUUCCAAAAUGUCUUGGUAAGCUGAGGCAUUAACAUUUCCCUUCAGUGGAACUAAGGGGCCUAGGCCAACCCCAGAAAAACAAUCCCAUAGCAUUAUCCCUCUUCCACCAAACUUUACAGUUGGCACAAUGCAGUCAGGCAGGAAACGUUCUCCUGGCAUUCGCCAAACCCAGACUCGUCCAUCAGACUGCCAGAUAGAGAAGCGUGAUUCGUCACUCCACAGAACACGUUUCCACUGCUCCAGAGUCCAGUGGCAGCGUGCUUUACAUCACUCCAUCCGACGCUUGGCAUUGUGCUUGGUGAUGUAAGGCUUGCAUACAGAUGCUCGACCAUGGAAACCCAUUCCAUGAAGCUCCCGUCUCACAGUUUUUGUGCUGAUGUUAAUGCCAGAGGUGGUUUGGAACUCUGCAGUUAUUGAGUCAGCAGAGCGUUGGCGACUUUUACGCACAAUGCGCCUCAGCACUCGGCGACCCCGCUCUUAACUUUACGUGGUCUGCCACUUCAUGGCUGAGUUGCUGUGGUUCCUAAACGCUACCACUUUGCAAUAAUACCACUUACAGUUGAUCGUGGAAUAUCUAGGAGGGAAGACAUUUCACGAACUCACUUGUUGCAACGGUGGCAUCUUAUUACAUUACCACGCUCGAAUUCAGUGAGCUCUUUAGAACGACCCAUUCUUUCACAAAUGUUUGUAAAGGCAGACUGCAUGGCCAGGUGCUUGAUUUUAUAUACCUGUGGCAAUGGGACUGAAUUAAUUCAAUGAUUAAGAGGGGUGUCCCAAUACUUUUGUCCAUAUAGUGUGGCUCUCGACUAGAAUGAUUUCAAUAGGCCUAUAUCUUAAAAACUUGUGUAGUUAUCCAGUUAAGCAUUUUGUAUGUUGUCCUUUUUAUCACUGAGAACUUGAAUGCACAAGAUAUAUUACAUAAUUGUAUUACAUAUAUUUUUAUGAGAAUAUUAUUCUGAUUCAAUAAAAGGGACUGAAUAUUC